AUGGAGGUGUGGUCUGGUGCCAUUGAUGUUGACUCUGGUUCAAACGCGUCCCUGACAGGCAUACGAUUAAUCAACCCGGACCCCACGAGCCAUAGUAGCUUAUCCCGAAAUGCGAAGUUAUCCCUACGAGCCUAUGUCGAUCCAAACCGAAUACCAAUUAUCUGCUUUACCGGCCCAUCGCUUGAACUUCAUAGCUCGGACUGCACAACGGUAGAUUGGAUCAGGCACAAACUGUUACGGACCUAUCAGACCGCAGAGGAUAGUUAUGAAGAGCUUUCCUCUACUCGCCAAUGCCCUGUUGGUAUUCUUGUCCGCGUCAAUGAGCAGACACUCUCCCCAGAGCUAAAGGCCAAUUCAGCACGUCAAGAAAUAUCGGACAUACUUAUAUUCGGGACAUUGUCAAGAUCCAACUCACGAAAUGAGUGUCCAUCACCACCAUAUCUCUCUUCGCCAGCAGAUGGAGGCCAAUUUUCCGAAGGGCCCUCGUUUCAUCUAAGAGUGUAUGCCAUCCCUCUCUGCUCAAAUAUCUUUACCCGGACACAGUCAUUAUCCACUCCACCAUACAACCCAAAGUACAACGCGUUCAGGGCUUUAGAAAACGAGGCAUAUAGUGAAUUCCUCCCGGAUAUAUUCCGCUCUCCAAGCCCAAAGAGGAAGAGGGUUGCAACCUUGUUCGAAGCAGCUACCGAAUAUCACAAGAAUGUUAGGAGGAAGGGAACUGCGGCAAUGUCUGAUUAUCUCAUUAGAGAAAAAUCUUCCACGUCUCAACUCCCCCAACUCCCGUCUAGUAUCAAGAUAAAACGAGAGAGUGAGAACAACACAGACUUCACUGGAAACAUGAAUAAUAUUGGUAUCUCUAGGAAGCGUGCUACGUCAAAUGCAAUGGAUAUACGUGCAGGGUCUAGGAGACCCUCACUCCAUCGUCCUGGGUCAUCAGCUUCCCAAGCUUUAAGCACGUCGAGCCGCAAAGAGCUACUCACCUCAAAGCCAGAUACCCCCAACUUACAACCAGAACCGCGUGAUAAAUCCAAAAGCCCACACUUCGAUUCUUUUGAAGACAUCGCUGCCUCUAACAAAUCUUUAUUGACCCGUACAAUUCUCACCUGUAUGCGUUUUUAUGGGUUUCGUCGGACAAGUACCCGAGCGGCCCAUAGCCUGCAUUCUUCUAUACGGGAACUACCAGCAUCCGGCGAGCCAACUAUAAAAUACGAGUCUAAUCCAGCCAGGGAUAGCCGUAUUCAGGAUAUUUCAGAUCCUGGAGGUUUCCUUCCAUUUGAUGACAUAGGAAAACUGGACACAUCUAACCAUGUGGAUGGCUUUGACACUGGGGAACCUAACCGGUUAGAAGUUGACGGAAAUGAUGAUACAGGGUUUAAGGAAAUGUACCACGCUACCUACCGUGCUUCGACAUUUGCUUUGAGGCGGUUUUUCAAACCCUCAGUUCAAAAUGUUGGGCCGUCAGGAAGUUCGGGUUAUCCUCAUGAUAUUCCCAUCUUGGGAAAAGACAAGGCAAUGACUACGGUAGACUCUGUUCUAAAGCUGUUCUGUGAAAUUUCCGAUGGAGAAUAG